AAUAUUAAAUACGUUUUAGAAAUGAAUAAUCAAGACUAUAAUCUCAAUAAUGAACAUGUAAACCAUUGGUUUUGGUACCAACCGAUGCAGAAUGCGCAUAAUAAUAUGGCGGUACCUGAAAUGGAAAAUACGAGUAAACAAAUACCGGAGCAUUUACGUAUAAACAGUGCGGAUAAAUUAAAGCUGUUGUCAUUACUCACUGACUGGAACAUGGGAUUCUUAUUCAGAACUUGCUGCGAUGAACUAGUCGAUAUCGAAGCACUGAAACACAUCACCCCGGCCCAGUGCGAUUUACUCUUGUCCAAUUAUCCUCUGGGCAUAAAAAUUAAAUUCGUCGAUAGAUUGAAGCAGUGGAGAGAUUUGGGAACAUACGAAUUCCAAAACCACAAUACACUACCUUCAUUUGCCAGUACGUUCUUGAAAUAA